CUGUGUUGGAAAGUUAUAAAGAAAUCAUUUAGCGAAGACUUUUAUGUCGAGGAAGAUGGAGCUUUUUGCUGUGUUUCUGUUCCUCUUUUGUGCCUCUCAGGACUCUUUGGCUGUGACUGUGGAGGUUCAGGAGGGAGAACCGUCUGUUGUUCUGCCCUGUCAGAUCAGCAAGAGAUUAGAAGAGAUUGUUACAGUGAAAUGGAGCCGUUUUGAUCUCAAUCCUAACAUUGUCCAUCAACGGCGAGAAGCAGACGACCUACAGGCACAAAAUCAGGUUUUCAGAGGAAGAACUUCAAUGAUACCUGAGGCUCUGGACUCUGGUGACUUCAGCCUCACUCUGACAAAGCCUCAACUUUUAGACAGCGGCGUCUACAUCUGCAGCAUGAGUGAGAAUCAGGAGGAAACGGCUCUGUCUGGUGUUCUGCUGCAUGUCAAAGCCUCUCAGGAUUCUUUAGACGUGUCUCUGGAUGUUUAUCAGGGGGAUUCAUCUGUUGUUCUGCCCUGCCUGAACAGCCAAUCAUCAGACGGGAUUCUCACAGUGAAAUGGAGUCGCUUUGACCUCAACCCCAACACUGUCCAUCAACGACGAGAAGGAGACGACCUACAAGCUCAAAAUGUUCUUUUCAGUGGACGAACAUCAAUGAGGUCUGAUGCUGUAGAUGUUGGUGAUUUCAGCCUCACUCUGAGAGAACCUCAACUUUUAGACAGCAGCGUCUACACCUGCAGUAUUCAUCAGGAGACAGAAGACAAAAUGCUGUCAGGCAUUCAGCUGAAUGUUAAAGAAAUGUUUCCAACUUGGGCCACAAUUUUCCUGGUUCUGUUGGUUCUACUUCUUGUUUCUGGAGGCCUUUUAUUUCAUUUCCGACAUUAUUUAAUGUCAGGUAAGUUCCUCUUACAUCAGUAUCAAUACUAAUGUCUAACAUGGUGAGAUUUUCUGAAUUUUCCUGAGAUUGUGACCAUUUCAGACAAUAAUUUAUGAAAUGAUACAGAAAGGAAGGAAGCAUCAGAGCUUUCAUGGUUUCAAUGUCAG